AUACACACCCUACAGCCAGAAUGAGUGGAUGUCGCAUUUUUGUCGGCCGGUUGAACCCGUCUGCCAGAGAGAAGGACGUGGAGAGAUUCUUCAAAGGAUAUGGCCGCAUCCGAGACAUCGACCUCAAGAGGGGCUUUGGUUUUGUGGUCAGUAUACACACACACAAAAUCAGUAUGCACACGGCCUUUUCACACCGCAUUGUUCUAACGCUUCAAACACACCGACUGUGUCUGCGUCAUGGUCCUCUGUAGCUCAGCUGGUAGAGUACGGCGCUUGUAACGCCAAGGUAGUGGGUUCGAUCCCCGGGACCACCCAUACACAAAAAUGUAUGCACGCAUGAAUGUAAGUCGCUUUGGAUAAAAGCGUCUGCUAAAUGGCUUAUUAUUAUAUUAUGGUACACCAGAAGUACAUUCAUUUUCAAUGGAACGCUGCGUUUGCCUUGCAGCAUUGCGUUGAACAUUCACCUUCUGCUACCAUGUCUGUCAACUCGUUUACACAUACAGUUUGACGCGCAAAUUCGAUAAAACCAACGUAUGCACCACACAGAACGCACUGCCUCAAACGCUCCAUUGGAAAUGAAUGUACUUCUGGUGUACCAUGACACAGUCGGUGUGUUCGAAUUAUAAGGAGGCAGUUGGCUCUUGUCGAGGUGUAGUGAACGCGCUUACAAGCUUUUAGUUUUGUGGUCAGUCCACACACAAAUGAGUACAUGCACACAAUAAGGUUAUUGAGAAUAGUCCGAUUUAAUAUAAUAGUUCAUUUAAAUGUUUACAUGCUUUGCAAGAACGAUUUCCCUAAUAAUCCUGUUUUCAUGGGCACAUCUGAAAUCUGGCUACCUGAUGGGACUUUGAUAAAUGCAGAAAAUCGCAGAUCAAAAUAAACAUUCUACCACAGCGAACGUGUUAUUUUUGUGAAGCCAAUUCGAUUCUGAGUUCAGACAUAUUGUGUGGCUUACUGCAUUAGCAUCGAAUAGCCCCCGCGAUAUGCAACUUUUCAGGGAGGUUGGGAACCAAUAUACACAAGCAGUUAGGAAAGCAAAGGCUUCCGAGCUGGUCAAAAAGUGUUGGGACACUGUAAAGUCCAUGGAGAAUAAGAGCACCUCCUCCCAGCUGCCCACUGCACUGAGGCUAGGAAACACUAUCACCACCGAUAAAUCUACAAUAAUCGAGAAUUUCAACAAGCAUUUUGCUACGGCUGGCCAUGCUUUCCACCUGGCUACCACUACCCCGGCCGCCAAUUUCCGAGCGCACUCCAGAGGGAAUCGCAGUCAGUGUGGGUCAUGGGUAAAUUCAGAGCGUUUAGUGCGCAAACUAUACGCUCUGGCACGGCCCUUACGAAAAAAGAUUGCAGUCAGAGUGCAGUAUGCAUUAAAUACUGUGUUCAAAACCCAAAAUAUGAUUUUGCAAUUACUGCGUCCGAAAUACCUUAGUCGACUGCAGUUUCAAAACUGUAUAUAUUUUUUUAAAGGGAAGACCAGCAGUCAAGCACCCAAGCUAACCGGCUAAAGUUGGCUAGCUUGCUAGCUACUUCUAGACACAAAUGAGAGAACACCUCACUGACCUUUUUUUUUUUUUUUAUUCGCCCUAGCAAAGCUGGUUCGGCUGUUUUCAUGUUCUGUAGAGCGUCUAACUGUGCUGCUGGGAACAAUUUAAUGGGUGUUCUUAUUAUUAUUAUUUUUUGCCCACGUUUAUUGACACCGGUCAUAUUCAACAGGUGUUGCGCGUUCGUAAAUCCAUCAGUUAUUCUGCGCUCUGGCACACGCAGACGAGAGUGAUCUGAAAUCGGAGUAAAUGCCUGAGUGAAUUUGUAUGUGAACUAUUUCUGAAGAUGAAUAGGUCGUUACCAAUAAAACGUCAAAAUAAGAUGCAGAGUGUUCGAUUUGCCUGCUGAGACCACCUGACAAGUGUGCUGUUCUCAAGGAAUUGUUAAGUAAAUGUUAACUAUUUGGUUUUAAUAUCAUAUCCUCUUAAAGAGCAUAGUCAGGCUACUUUCCGGCCUAUUCCGUGCAAAACAAGUGCGCACACUUAGCUCUAAUCAGUUAUACAGCAAGUACAGUGGGGGAAAAAAAGUAUUUAGUCAGCCACCAAUUGUGCAAGUUCUCCCACUAAAAAAGAUGAGAGAGGCCUGUAAUUUACAUCAUAGGUACACGUCAACUAUGACAGACAAAUUGAGAAAACAAAUCCAGAAAAUCACAUUGUAGGAUUUUUAAUGAAUUUAUUUGCAAAUUAUGGUGGAAAAUAAGUAUUUGGUCACCUACAAACAAGCAAGAUUUCUGGCUCUCACAGACCUGUAACUUCUUAUUUAAGAGGCUCCUCUGUCCUCCAGUCGUUACCUGUAUUAAUGGCACCUGUUUGAACUUGUUAUCAGUAUAAAAGACACCUGUCCACAACCUCAAACAGUCACACUCCAAACUCCACUAUGGCCAAGACCAAAGAGCUGUCAAAGGACACCAGAAACAAAAUUGUAGACCUGCACCAGGCUGGGAAGACUGAAUCUGCAAUAGGUAAGCAGCUUGGUUUGAAGAAAUCAACUGUGGGAGCAAUUAUUAGGAAAUGGAAGACAUACAAGACCACUGAUAAUCUCACUCGAUCUGGGGCUCCACGCAAGAUCUCACCCCGUGGGGUCAAAAUGAUCACAAGAACGGUGAGCAAAAAUCCCAGAACCACACGGGGGGACCUAGUGAAUGAUCUGCAGAGAGCUGCGACCAAAGUAACAAAGCCUACCAUCAGUAACACACUACGCCGCCAGGGGCUCAAAUCCUGCAGUGCCAGACGUGUCCCCCUGCUUAAGCCAGUACAUGUCCAGGCCCAUCUGAAGUUUGCUAGAGUGCAUUUGGAUGAUCCAGAAGAGGAUUGGGAGAAUGUCAUAUGGUCAGAUGAAACCAAAAUAGAACUUUUUGGUAAAAACUCAACUCGUCGUGUUUGGAGGACAAAGAAUGCUGAGUUGCAUCCAAAGAACACCAUACCUACUGUGAAGCAUGGGGGUGGAAACAUCAUGCUUUGAGGCUGUUUUUCUGCAAAGGGACCAGGACGACUGAUCCGUGUAAAGGAAAGAAUGAAUGGGGCCAUGUAUCGUGAGAUUUUGAGUGAAAACCUCCUUCCAUCAGCAAGGGCAUAUAAGAUGAAACGUGGCUGGGACUUUCAGCAUGACAAUGAUCCCAAACACACCGCCCGGGAAACGAAGGAGUGGCUUCGUAAGAAGCAUUUCAAGGUUCUGGAGUGGCCUACCAGUCUCCAGAUCUCAACCCCAUAGAAAAUCUUUGGAGGGAGUUGAAAGUCCGUGUUGCCCAGCGACAGCCCCAAAACAUCACUGCUCUAGAGGAGAUCUGCAUGGAGGAAUGGGCCAAAAUACCAGCAACAGUGUGUGAAAACCUUGUGAAGACUUACAGAAAACGUUUGACCUGUGUCAUUGCCAACAAAGGGUAUAUAACAAAGUAUUGAGAAACUUUUGUUAUUGACCAAAUACUUAUUUUCCACCAUAAUUUGCAAAUAGAUUCAUAAAAAAUCCUACAAUGUGAUUUUCUGGAUCUCUUUUCCUCAUUUUUUUCUGUCAUAGUUGACGUGUACCUAUGAUGAAAAUUACAGGCCUCAUCUUUUUAAGUGGGAGAACUUGCACAAUUGGUGGCUGACUAAAUAGUUUUUUUCCCCACUGUAACUGCAUGCUUGUCAUGAUCACUAAACAUCAAUUGAUCAUGUUAUUUUAGAUUUAUUAGGGUAUCUUCACGAUUUCUCAAUAUUGGCCACUAUUUAUUGGAUAUUUGAGUGAUUAUAAAAGGUAACUCUACCUGACAAGUAUGAGUGGUUUAGGUUAAUUUCCCAUCCUUUGUGGGCUCUGCCUGUCAAUCGGCAGAAAGAAGGGUGGUUUUGCCGAUGUACUGUUGGCAGAUGUUUACUUUGCAAGCUACCGGUAGAAACUUUGUGCAGUUCACUUAACAUAGUGGAAAGUAGACCUAAUGUACUUUUUUUCUCCAACCAACGUAGGGCUACCUAGCGAAGUUGGCUAACAUAUCCCCUUUUCAACAUUGUUUUUAAGUGUUUGAUCACGACUGUUGCUGACAGACAUUAUAGGCUACAUUGAUUGAUGGACCACGUUGAAUUGGCUAGCUACCCAGUAAGCACCCGCGUCUUUGGCCAAUUUUUUGUAUCAAAAUGCAUAGGAAAUAUGUAGUUUUGAGAGCAUUUGCACAUUGGCAAGACGUCGCCGAGACAUCAGAAUGUAAAUCAGAAUAGAAUGUUGAUGCCUGGCCGACGUAUUCAUAGGAUGCUCCGCCGUCACCCGGUCGCGUUGUGCCGUUGUUAUGAAAGUUUAAGUCGCCCUCUACUGGCGGCGCAGUAAGGGGUGCCCAGUCAUUCUGGAAGGAGACGGAUGACGGUUUAGUCAAAAUUGCACUAUAGUGCGUGGAAAUACGAUGACAUUGCUGAAGUUGUCAAAUGUUUUUGUAGGAAACAACUUUGCCAGCGUUAUCAUGUUGUCAAAUUCACUUUAGACCGAUGGCAAUGUUGUCAUUGGUUAGCAAAGUUUGUCAAAAAUAGCUAGCAAUGCUAACUUUAGCUAGCUAAAAUCAAGCUAACGUUAUGCUGCAUCUAAAGUCAAUCUGGCGACAUCAUCAAAAUGAUGACAAAAGGUUUUCCUACUAAUUUAUUUGCCUCCUUUUGAAAGGCAUUGUAUUUCCAAGCCACUAAUGCACUUUAGAUAUCUUCAUCAGUACUCAUUGAUGCGUUGAGUAGAAUGCUCAGUCGGGCAUCGGUCCAAAACUAACAUUCAAAAUAAAUAUUGUGACGAAACACGCCACCCAUGAAUAAACAAUGUAGUAUUUAGAUUGUAGGCAUUCUAAAUACAUCUGCAAGAUGUCUUGCCAAUUAGCAAACAGUCUCCAUAUAACAUCUUCCUGACGUAGCCUGUAUACGCCGUGCCUACAUUGGGCAGGCGCGUGUGUCAGCCAAUAGCAGAUCAUGUCAAUGUGGCUAGUUAACAAGUUAACUUUCAGGGGAUAAACUAGAUGGUUAUAUUUGCUUGCCAUCUAAAGUGGUGAUGACAGUAGUCCUGUGGUCCUCUGUAGCUCAGCUGGUAGAGCACGGCGCUUGUAACGCCAAGGUAGUGGGUUCGAUCCCCGGGACCACCCAUACACAAAAAUGUAUGCACGCAUGACUGUAAGUCGCUUUGGAUAAAAGCGUCUGCUAAAUGGCAUAUUAUUAUUUAGUCCGACUGACAACUUUACCAGGACGUGCUCGUUCCAAAAGCCUAAUCUCUGAAGCAAGCUAAAUGACAUGUUUGCUUAGCUAGCUACAUGACAAAUGGAUAGGCUAUUCUCAUGCAUCUGAAAUUACAUUAUCAUUUGAUGUUUACUGAUCGUGAAAAGCAUGCAGUUACUUGCUUUGUAACGCUACUAGAGCUAAAUGUAGAAUAAUCAGAAAUGUGUGUUUCUGACAAUACACUUCAAGAGGUUAUGAUAUUAACCAAAUAGUUAUAACAUUUUAUUUAACAAUCCCUUAAACUGCACUUGUCAAUGGUUUUAGCGGCGCUGGGGGUCUCCUUGUCCCCCAGCAGCCAAAUCCAACGCUCUGCACCGUAUUGUGACGUUUUAUUGAAAACAACCUAUACGUAAAGUUUUUUUCCCCCCAGAAUUCCCUUCACUCGUGCAAGAGGAAGCUCGUUCUAGCACGUGCGCAGAUCAAAUGCACCGCUGUAACUCUGAUUAAGCUGUUUACUUCGAAGGCUUGCUCAGAAAACCAGGUUUUAUUCAGCAUAUGCUUACGCGGAUUACACCGAAUAUUUUUUUUUUUUACAUUUUAUUUUUAAAAGAUGAACAUAGUAAGGUGUUUACAUUACUAAUGCCAUACUCGGCCUUCUCCGCUAGCUAGUUGCAGAGGAAGUCUAGAAUGGAUAGUAAUCUUAAUGUUCUAUUUCCUCCAGGAGUUUGAUGAUCCUAGGGAUGCGGAGGAUGCAGUUUAUGAACUGGACGGCAAGGAGCUCUGUAAUGAGAGGUAGAGUGGCGGUAUCUCUGUUCAUGGUGGACAUUACACAUCACCACCAUGGCUAUUAUAACAGCCUUCCAUAGCCUUUUUUGUUCUGUCUCAAGCCCUCUAUGUUCUCUCCCCCUAUUAUUUUUUUCUUCUUCUCUCUCUCUCUCUCAGGGUGACCAUUGAGCACGCCCGUGUGCGCCUGCGUGGUGGCCGGGGACGUGGUGGCGACAGAGGAGGUGGUGGAGGUCGCUUCCCGGAUCGCUACGGCCGUGGCUCCCAGGAUAGUCGGAGGUACGUGGACAUUCAUACUAUCAGCUAGCGUCUUACAAUUCCCCAGUGUGGACUUUCCACACUCGUCGCUAACAUGUAGAUUCCAGACAUCUGAACAAUCCCUUUACAUGUGGACAUUUUUUGAGACAAAAUACGCACAUGAAGGUAUUAUUAAACCAACUUCAAAACACUGUUUUUUUUUGUGUGUGGUUUUGUUCGUCACCUGAGGCACGCGCUCAACAUAAUUGCGUGCAUGCAUAUGCCUGGUUAUAGAAAUCUCAAUGGCAGUACCAGCAUUUUUAAAGUCUGUUUUAAUAAUACUUUCCUGUGGAUAUUUUGUCUCAAAUCUCCAUAAGGACCAACCAACCAAGUGGACAACAAGCAGAGUAAGUUCAAAUGACAGUUAAUUCAACACUCUGUCUAUACAAGGCACCUUUUGGAAAAUUGCAAUGUGUAUGUAUAUAUGUGUGUGUGUGGUAUGUAUAUAUACAUACAUACAUACAUACAUACAUGCAUACACACACACAAAGUAUGUGGACACUCCUUCAAAUUAGUGGAUUCGGCUAUUUCAGCCAUACCUGUUGCUGACCGGUGUAUAAAAUCGAGCACACAGCCAUGCAAUCUCCGUAGACUAACAUUGGCAGUAGAAUGGCCCGUAAUGAAGAGCUCAGUGGGACUUUUGAAGUGGCACCGUCAUAGGAUGCCGCCCUGCUAGAGCUGCCCCCGGUCAACUGUAAGUGCUGUUAUUGUGAAGUGGAAACGUCUAGGAGCAACAACGGCUCAGCCGCGAAGUGGUAGGCCACACAGGCUCUCAGAACGGGAGCGCGUAAAACACUCACUACCGAGUUCCAAACUGCCUCUGGAAGCAACGUCCGCACAAUAACUGUUCGUAGGGAGCUUCGUGAAAUGACCAACUCCAUUAUUCAUGCCCUUGAAUUUGGAACGCGAUAUUCGACAAGCAGUUGUCCACAUACUCUUUGGUUAUGCAGUGUAAAUCCAACCUAAUCUAGGAGUCCAGCAAACUCGGCUCCGUGGGGGGGGGGGGGGGCCGACACGGCUCUCAUCCCAACCUAGAUUAGGCUGGAUUUACACUCAUCCCCUUUAAACUAUUUCUUAGAUAUUUUGUUAUUGUUAGUCAGUCAUGGUGCUGUAUACAUAUAACAUCUCCGUUGGAGUGUCGAUCUAGGAUCUGAUAAACAUGUUAGAUUAUAAUGAAUGGACAGGAAUCAACACUGAGGUUCUCUCUCCCAGCACAGCAAAAGUAUUAGGCUACUAGUCAGGAUCAAAUCCGGCCUUCGGCUAAAACGAAGAAACGAGUGACGAUGACCCACCAAUGGGUUCUCACCCACUGUAAGGGAACCACGGUUCUAGAUCAUCUGCAAGAUUCUCACUGUUCUUUUUGUCUCCCCCCCCAUCACAGUAGGAACCCUCCUCCGAUGCGUACGGAGAACCGUCUCAUCGUGGAGAAUCUGUCAUCCCGCGUCAGCUGGCAGGUGAGUUCCUUACCUGGGCGUGUCUCUACCUGCCUGUUAGUAACCCCAGGCUCUGAGUGAUCAGACAGAGAGAAAUACAACGCUCUGCUUUAUACCUGAUACCUUCACUAGUAAUGAUCUCAAGGCAGCUGCCUGGUGCAGUCCAGGUAAAGACUAAUACAAGACUCAUACUUUUUUCUUUUCUUUUUUUACCUACGUUUUAUUGGAGUGAAUGUGGUAAUAUUCCAUGGGCUGAGAGCAAAUAAAUAUGAAAAUCGACAGCACUAAAUGUGUUGUGAUGGGCCCAAAUAGCUCCUUGCAAAGUAUUUAAUAACCUAUCAAGAGCUCUCAAUACAUAUCCAGCCUUUUCCUGAGAGCUUCCAGUGGAAAAACAGCCAGCCAUAGCUAUUUGCUGCAUCUAAAGAAUGCAGUUGAUUUUAGAUACAAAAGGAAGAAAACAACGAAUUUGUCUGUUUUUUAAUUUUAACCAAUUCUUCACCCCUUUAUUUGCCAGCCUGACUGUUGUGUCGUAUGGAAGAGAGCGCUUCUUAUGGUGGAGUUAACCCAAUCAGGGUCCCUCUCUCUGGGUUGAGCCAUGUCGUGCCAGUCAGCCCACUGGUAGUUGGUUCCUCUCCUCCUGCUGGUCGUAUGAGAGGGUGAGGUCCCACCCCCGGGUCCCCACUACUCGCUCUGCUCUAGAAGCGCUGGCGUGGCUGGCUGCCCCUCCCCCCCGGUGGGGGGCCUCAACGGCCGGAGCGCCGUGCUGACAGAGAUAUCACAGAGAGGCAGAAAGAGAGUCGAUGAUGGUGUUCAUGAUGGUGGCACCGUAUUUGUCUGAUCGAUGGUGGUCCGUUAAUUUGAGAGGCUUCGAUCGAUCCAUAUCCCCCCCCCCCCCCCCCCAAUUCCCCCUGUGUGCUGUGGUUCCGUCCUCACAUCGCGAGAGGUACCCAGAGGUGGAUCAAAUCUGCUGAGCGAGGUCACGAGAGGUCAAGGUUGGAUCACGAGGUGCGAUCAAGGUGGUUAUGGUAUGAUGAACUAGGAGAGUCUGCUGCGGCCCCGCUCCAAGGGGGUCACAGGUAUUGGUUUCCUCUCUUCCUCACUGUACUGAGACUGAGGGGGGUGCCGAGCCCGAGACGGGGUUCCUGUCCCGGCCGUUAGGGAACUCCUUUCUAGCCAGAGACAACAGGGCUCUUAGUGCUGCUCAACACAAAAAAAGAUCUGCUGGUCAUGCAGGCUGUUAUGUUUAUAUUGACUAUUCUGUGUAGUUGUUUUAAAGAGAGCGGGGUUCCAAUAAUUUUUGAGACAAUGUAAAAUCCAAAGACAUUUUUUUUCAGGUCUAUUUGACUUUAGCUUCCUCCAUUUUACAGAUCCAAUAACAUUUGUGUUUACACAGGCAGCCCAAUGGAGCUUGACCUAGAAACCCCAAAAUGCGUUACCGCUUGUACGUUUUCUUUGAGAUAAUUGCAGUCAGUUAACAUUUUACCUUUUUAUGUACAUAAAUGCUUCAAAUUUCACAAAGUGACGUUAGCUGAUGAAGAUUAUCAUAGUAUAGCCCAUCCCUAUGGAGAAAGAAUGGGGUUUUGGAAUAAAUGCCGAAAGAUAAGGUCUGAGGUUAACACAAGCUUAAGAGAUCAUAUACGUUUUGUUCUAUUGAGAUAAUAGCAGUCAGUUAACAUUACCUUUUUAUGAAUUAUGAAGCUUUUUGCUAUUUAAAUAAAUGCUUUAAAAAAAACCGCUGUUAAUUUCCCCGUAGGCUUUGUCCAACUAACCAUGACGUAGUUAGUGCCUACAAAAAGACGCAAUUACUAUUUCUCUCUAGUGGAGGUGCGUAAAGAUUGCGGCCCACAUGCACUUACCACAAAUUCCUUGUUUUGUUAAGUUCUCCGUAUUGUACAUUGCUCGCCGUAACUUUUUUUUUCUAUAUUCAUUAGCAGUGUACAUGAUCCCAAUUUUAGCUUAAGGAUGCCAGAAAUUAGAGAGGAGAAAAAAAAAUGAUUUAUUAGGCACAUUGAACCAUGUUGCGUGCCGUAGUUUUAAAGACUCAGUGGAUAGUGCUAAAACAAUGACGUCAUAUCUGAAUUCCUCCAUCUUGAUUAACGCUCGCCGUUCUGAUCUUCUUUCCACUAAUUUGGUCUUUUGACCAAUCUCAUCAGAUCUUUUUCAGAGCUGAUAUGAUUGGUCAAAAUACCAAUUAGUGGAGGGGGAAAAAGAUCAGAAUGGGCUGCCUGUGUAAACAGCAAUUUGUUCUUCCGGGGAAGGCUUUCAUCACAUUUCCUUAAACUGAUAUACAGUAGGGCUUUGUAUCCUCUGUUCAGUUGAAUACUUUUUGGCCAUUUUGCCUAGCUCUUCUUUUGGCUUAGCUGCAAAGGAGUUUCUUAGGGAAGUGUGUGGAGUUUCUGAACCGCUAGUUCUGUCAAUUUGGUCCCUUCGCACACAGACAGACCUGACCGUUAACUGACAGCUACUUUUGUAACGUAAUGUCUUUGUUGCUGGACCAGACAGCCAGUCAUUUUGCCGUGUUCUCUGAGGUUCUUGGACCCCUCUCUUUAUCUGUUAGCCUCUGUAGUUGCUCUAUGAUAUCUAACCGUCUCUCUCUCUUUGGGGAAAUAUUAUGCAUUAUUUUGACAGCGUUGUGUCCUGGUACGGUCCUAAUUUAGCCUGUCGUUGUGUAGGACCUGAAAGAUUUCAUGAGACAGGCUGGGGAAGUCACGUUCGCCGAUGCCCACCGCCCCAAGCUCAACGAAGGGUAAGAAUAAAAUGCAUUUCCCCAGCCAUUCUUCAACAUCCAUACUCCUCCUAAUAUAACGGUGGACAUUUAAACCACCAUGUCAGUUGUGUCCUACUGAACUCUUGUUUUGUCAUGUCGGUCUUCAGGGUGGUUGAAUUCGCCUCUUACAGCGAUCUGAAAAACGCAGUUGAGAAGCUGUCUGGCAAGGAGAUCAAUGGAAGGAAGAUCAAGCUGAUUGAGGCAGCUAAGAAGAGGUGAGUGGUCUGGAGGAUAAGCCCUUCUAGAUGUUUCCACGUGUCUUUAGAUUCAUGUUAAAGGGGGGGCAUUUUGUAAACUUUUCCCCCAGAAAUUAUACAAUUGUUUUAAAACUGUUUGUAAGCUUUUAAAAUAAUUUUCAACUGAUUUAUUUAACAGUGAUGAAGGUAUGGUAUGCAAAAUGGGUCAACUUUGAGGAUCUUUUAUCUCUUCAAUGUUUUUGGCAUUCAGGUCCAAAACAUAACUUUCUGACCACUUGGGUAUGAAUGGAAAGUUCCAGUUCGACUCAAAAGGGGUGUGGUCAAAAAGUGAUAGAAUUAAAAUGGGUCUUUCCUCCUCCCUCUUCUCCAGGGGUUCCAGGAGUCGUUCCCGCUCAGAGAGCUCCUCUCGUUCCCGUUCUCGUAACCGUUCCCCGUCCCGCUCCAGGACACCCCGUCGUUCCAGGUCCCACUCCCCCAAGAGGAACUACUCUCGCUCUCGGUCCCACAGCGGCUCCCCAGCCCCCCGUGGAGGCGCAGGAGGUGGUGCUGCCCCCGCCUCCCCACCACCCAGGGCUAAGGAGACCUCCAAACGGCCCUCCAAGCCAAGC